AUGAGGAUAAUUGGAUUAGUGAGCGGUGGGAAGGACUCGACGUACUCGAUGUGUCUUUGCGCCAACGAUGGCCACGAAUUGGUAGGUUUGGCUAAUUUGGUGCCGCAAUCGGCUCACGAGGAAGACUCAUAUAUGUAUCAAACGGUUGGCCACGAGUUCAUCGACUUGUACACCGAGGCCAUGGGUUUGCCACUGUUUCGGCGAACCAUAUCCGGGAAGCCGUUGAGUACAGACAUGGCAUACGAGGAGCGCACCGACGAUGAAGUGGAGGAUCUCUUCCAACUGUUGUCGCAGAUCAAGGAGAAGGUGGCCUUCGAUGGCAUAUCCGUCGGCGCCAUCCACUCGACGUACCAGAAGGUGAGAGUGGAGAACGUGUGCCAACGCCUCCACAUCCAGAUGUUGGCUCCCAUUUGGGCCAAAGAGCAGACAUCGCUCCUCAAGAACGACUUCGAGGUUAUCACUCAUUCGGAUGACGCGAUCGCAAAGGUUUCAUACCUGAAGCCAAUUAAACUGCAUUUGGAGGACAAGAAUUGAUACGUUUUGCACUUUAUAUGAGUUUUAUAUAAAUUGUUUAAAAGUUGACAUUUUGUUAGGAAUUGAC